AUGGAGUCUCCAGAGUUCCCAAAGCUGGACGACCUCUGGUUUGAAGCGGAUCCUGGUAACUUGAUUUGCUGCUUCUGUCAAUCACAAAUUGGUUCAGCAACCCUUGCUCGGACCUUCCGCUUGUAUGACCCAAGCCAAGAUGACGAGCCUUUAGGGUCCAGCAAGAUGAUCCACACACCAUUCGACGAAAACAUCGUCAUCUAUGACCGACACCUACAAUGCCUUCUCCAAGGUGGAAUCAAGUACUGUGCUAUUUCUCACGUCUGGGAUCCAGAAAUAUCCCGUACUCAAGUCCUUGGCAGAGGCUCUUCGCAGCCCCCGGAAGUCCGUCGUCGAGUAAUUGAGCUACCCGUCUUCAUACUCCGCGGUCUCCUGAAAUCUGGCGAGAUUUCAAAGACGGAUGAGAUUUGGCACGAUUAUAUCAGCGUGCCGCAGUGGUCAAACGAUGUCAAGGACAGAAUUCUUCUUGCCGUACCCGACAUCUACGGAUCAGCGCAUGUGACUACUCUCCAUUUUGAAGACCUCCGAAAAGAAAGCCUGCAAGCGCUCUACGGGGCACAGGGAACUAACCAACGUCUGAAAGCAAUCACCGAUAUUUGCAAUAUCAAGUGGUUCAGUCGCGUAUGGACAGCAAUGGAGUACGUUCGGAGCCGACAAGUAAUCUCGAUAGACGAAGACUUCGAUGUCUGCCCCAACAAGAACGACCCUCUCUUCUUAAACCAGAUGAACCACGUGUGGUCCAUUGAGGUUUCAAAACACAAGUCAGCUCAAGAACUCGAGGCUCGAGCGAAGAUUGGCAAAAACAUUGUGCCAUGGGCCCUAGGGCCGAUUCAGAAGAUGGGCAACGGGAAGUCGUCAGUGUUCGGGCUAUCUUUCAAUCUUCUCUCGAAACGCAGGUGCCAGAGCAACCGCGAUUUCCUACACGCUUUGAUCGGCUUGGUCGAGCCGACUUAUGACCGAGCCCUUGGAUAUGACUUUGACCGCGAGUACCUACGUAUCGCGAGACUUUGCAUUGCUGGCGGCGAUUACAGCCCUUUGCUAAUGACACCUCGUCUCGAAGAUAUUCAGCAGGGGCGGGAUAUGAACCACGGGUUCUCUAAUGUGAAGAGUUGGCCUCUUGGUCCAGAAAGAAAACCACCGAAGUUUCAUCCCGAUUUUUUAUUCGAGAACGGCGACUGGGAAAACGGUGGCCCGAUCCUCACGUUGGAAAGGGUCGGUGUAGCCUUUGAAAUUCACCAGCAGCCCAACAUGGGCCUCAUGCACCGGUUUGCCGACGAUGCGUCCUUCGUCCUCCGGUGUACUGGACCAGAUCUUGAUUCCUUCAUCAAGGCACUUGGAACCCGACUGUAUAAUGAAGACUUUGAAUUUAUCAAGCAGAACCUAGCUGUUGGUACCCGCAGCAACAGACUGACGGGCAUCCUUCAGAAAAGGGUCAAUAAAAUGGAGGAUAAUUGGCCACUGGAAGGAGGAGACGGGGCCCAGUGGGUUGCAGAAGCAAUGACGCUUUCUCUCACAAACCCAAAGGGCGAGCCGGGGACAUCCAUAAGCAAAAUCGCAGUGAGUGGUGCACAUGGAGGGACUAUCCACCUCGGACACGCUGGGCGCAAUUGUCUAGUCUCGACACCCUGUACGGUAUGCCACCUGCCAUAUGUGUUUCGGGCAGGACUAUUCAAGCCGCCGGGACAUGUCAGAGGGGCUGUUGCUUACCGGAUCCGAGGUCUCCAGUAUGAGUUCUCUCGUGAGAACGGAGUGGGAAUUCUUGUGAAAGAUGGUCACAUUGUCGGUCGAAUGGCGUGGGCUACUCCAUCAUGUGCGUGUUUGGAGCUUGAGAAGGUCAAAAUUAAGAUGCCAGCAUUGCCUUAUCCAAGCCCAAGGCCUGAUGAUCUCUAG